AUGGCCAAGCGCCGUGCGGCCGAGCCGCUGACGUUCCACGUGCCUUGGAAGCGGCUCCUGCUCUGCGACUUUCCUGAGGAGCCGCCGCCGCCGCCGCUCUGGAUCCCGCCGCCGGGGGCCUCGCAUCCCGGGCGGCCCCUCGGCUUCCCCGAGCUGCCCCGAAAGCGUAAAAUCGACGUGGGGGCUAUGACUGAGCCUUCGGUUUCGCCCAGCAAGCGCCGCGACGACGGGGAUACCGGUGCUCAGGGCGGCGCGGAGCGUGAGGGCCGCGGCCUGGAGACCGGCGAGUCGCAGCUGCUGCAGCCGCCCGUGCGGCCCAGCGGGCCGGGGGAGGAGCCCCGGGGUGUCCGGCCCCCGAGAGGCGGUGGCGACGAUGGGGCGGGGCGCGCAGAGUCCCAGCGGGGAGACUGGGGGGCCGCACCGCGCCAGCUCAGUGAAGAAUUUUGGCAGUAUAACACCUUCCAGUACUGGAGGAACCCUUUACCACCUAUUGAUCUGGCAGACAUUGAAGAUGUAAGCGAAGACAACCUGAUAGAAACAGCACUGCAGGGCAAGAAUGAAGUGGCUGAGAUUGAUAUGGAGUCUUGA